GAUGCAGAUCCGUGUGGUCCAGAUCUGGGGUUUCCUGAUCACAGUGCUUGGCUGGAUCUUCGUGGCCUGCACUAUGGCCAUGGAAGGCUGGAAGAUCACCUCCAUUGGGGGCAUGGGGGGCUCCUCUAUAAUCAAGGUGGCCUGGUACUGGUCCAGCCUGUGGAGAUCCUGUUUUACAGACUCAACUGCUAUCAGCAACUGUUACGACUACCCUGUGCUCUGGUCUGUGGAGGGUCACAUCCAGAUAGUGCGAGGUCUGCUGAUGGCUGCUCUUACCCUGGGCAUGCUGGGGUUUGUGCUCAGUCUGAUGGGUAUGGAAUGCACCUUCAUUGGGGGAAAAGAUCGGUCAAAGUACAAGAAGAUCUAUGCUGGGGGAUGGUGCCACAUAAUCAGCGGUUUACUGUCCGUAUGUGGGUAUGCUGUUUAUGCACAGUAUGUCUCAGUAGAGUACUUCAACCCUGACUUCGAUGGAAUGAAGUAUGACCUUGGCACUCCGCUGUUCCUCGGCUGGGUCGGCUCAGCUUUUCACAUGACCGGUGGUUUUUUCUAUUUGUGGUCCGUGUGUACACCGCUCUGUGGACGAGACGACACGGUAAUCAACAUCCGACCACGACCAGACCCCGAGCAAAACAAGUCCACCACUGCUUUGUCCACAGUUUCGGAGAUCACCUCCAAGACCAAGGUGUCCUCUGUUUCCGAGCUGUCAUCCAAGUCUGAGCGCUCAGGCGUGUCUGGCAUGUCCUCGAGAUCGGGGCGCACAUCCGAAGCCGGACGCACAGCCAAGUCAGGGCGGUCAUCGAAGACAGGGCGAAGUACCAGGUCUGCAGGCUCGAGAUCGGCAUCAGGGUCAGGGUCAGGAUUGGAGUCCAGCCGCUCGUCGAGGUCCAGCCUAUCAACGUCAACAACGGAAUCCAGAAGCAGCAGCAGCAGCCGCACAGUGUCCUCAUUGUCAGGCAGUCUGAGGAGCGAGACUACACCAUUCAUCAAAAACUCUUAUAUUUGAAUAAAUGUGACAUAUUAUGUAAAGGACAAAUGUUAAUGAAUGUGAUGAACAGGUGAUGUCAGGCUUUUCUGUUCAAUUUAUGAAUCAUUGGCUAAAGCAAUUUUAAUUGUGUGUUUUGUAUCAAUAAAAACUGAUGAAAUUGCUGUUUUCAAAAAUUUUUCUUUAAAUCGUUUUUUUUUUAAAUCUUUAAUGUUAUGAUUUUUAUCAACAAUGUGUGAAAACUAGUGCUCUCCUGAGACACAAUGUACUCAGUAUAACACAUCAAUUUUUAAUAGAACCGUCAGCCUGUGUGACCUUUUAGAGAACAAAUAAAUCUCCACUGGGCAAAUAGGUCUGGUUGACAGUAAACAGUGUCUGCUUUGCUCUUAUUCAAACCUUCACCUAAAUACACGAGCAGGAGCAGUAAGAAGGCUGGAGCUCCACAGCUUUAACCUGAAGCAAAAUCCUUGUGGCUUUUAUUUUUUCUUGAAUUACUGGCGGACUACUUCCUUUACAAGGUAGGGGGGUAUUAACGACCUCCACAUCUGCCACUAUUGGCUCUGCAUUUCCAGUUGAAUUUAAUCUUGCAGCAGACUGCUAUGUUUACAGCUGCAGUAUUGUAGAUUGUACAUUAUAUGUACAUUGAAAAAAAUAAAAAUCAAAUAAGGUGCCACAAUCUCCGAACAUUUCAGUAAUUAUUUGUGCUUAAUUAGAGAAGGCCCUUGUAUUUACCAGACCGAAGGGAUGUGGAGGAGACUGGCUCAGAUCCUAGGCCUGCUGCUCUGCAUACU